CAACCGACGUAUGCAGUCGUAGAUUUUUUAAGUUCUUUUCUGUUCCAUCUUCAAAGUGUUUAUCGUGAAUUUCGGGCAGCUACUCAGCAACGGGGAUUAUUGAAAUUUAGCAAAAUCGAGCGAGCCGAAUUGAGGCGAACAAUCGUUGAUAUGAAGGUCGCUUUAUGUGUCCUAUUUCUUCUUAGCUUCGGCACUUAUGUCUACCGCGAAGUAAACGAUUUUCUUAAGGCGCUACCCAAACCGGAAUUAGACACAAAUGCCUAUUGGGGGCGGGACGAGGCGAAAGACUAUACGGCGCCGAAAGAUAUUGUGCCUUUUAAAAUUGAAUACAAUCAAACGAUUAUCGACGAUUUGCGCGCACAGCUCAACCGCACCUGGAAGUACACCGCACCGUUGAACAACACCAAAUUCGAAUACGGAUUCAAUACGGAAGCUCUCCAACAUGUUGUCACCUAUUGGCGUGAUUACUAUUUGCUCAAGUGGAAAGCACGCGAAGAGUAUCUGAACUCUCUGCCGCACUUCAAAACCGAGAUUCAAGGGCUAAACAUCCACUUCAUACACGCCAAGCCAUCAGAUGAGGUGCGUGAACAGAAGAAAGUAGUGCCUUUGUUGUUGUUGCAUGGCUGGCCUGGUUCUGUGCGUGAAUUUUAUGACUUUAUUCAUCUUUUGACCGAGGUGUCUGACGUUCAAGACCACGUCUACGAAGUUAUUGCGCCAUCAUUGGUUGGCUUUGGCUGGUCAGAUGCCGCCACCAAACACGGUUUCAAUGCCGCUCAAAUGGCCAUUGUGAUGCGAAACCUAAUGCUGCGCGUUGGGUUCGACAAGUUCCUGGUGCAGGGUGGUGACUGGGGUUCGAUAAUUGGUGGCAAUAUAGCAACCCUUUUCCCCGAAAAUGUGCUGGGAUUCCAUUCCAACAUGUGCGUGCUGGUCACCCCAUUGGCGCUCGUUAAGACGUACAUUGCCAGCUGGAUGCCAGAGCGGUUUGUGCCGGCGCGUUUCUUUGUCGGGCACCAUUUCCCAUUAGCAGAGAAAUAUAAGGAGCUAUUCAAGGAGGCCGGUUAUUUCCACAUACAAUCGACUAAGCCGGACACCAUUGGCACUGCAUUGCAAACCAAUCCCAUUGGCCUGGCUGCAUAUAUACUCGAGAAAUUCCAAACGAAUACUGGGCCAGAUCUGAAUCAGCUGUUCAAUGCCAUCGACAAGGUGUACAAAUUAGACGCAGUGCUAGACAAUAUCAUGAUCUACUACCUCACCAAUACAGCUACAACCGCGGCGCGCUUCUACGCGGAGAAUAUGUCCAAUGAGUAUUUGAGUCUACAUUUGGAUCGCGUUCCGUCGCCGGUGCCUAUGGGAUGUGCGCGCUUCAAAAACGAUCUGCCAACCGCGCCUGACUGGGCGCUCAGAGACAAGUUUCCGAAUUUGAUGCUUAGCACAUAUUACCAACAGGGUGGCCACUUUGCAGCCCUGGAAAUGCCGACUAUGUUGUAUCUGAAUUUCCAAGAAUUUGUGAAAAAGGCGACGGGAGAGAAGGAACAAGCGUAAUUUAUUGCUCUUUCUGUUUGUAAAUAAAAAGGUUUAAUUAAUAAAUUUUGUAUUAAAGAAA